CGUCACAUGUCCCACGACACCCGCAGGUGCAACCUUUGUCAACACACCUGUAAGCCACGCCCAUUUUGAACCCUCAAGGGAAAAAAGAUGGCGGCAGGUGCGGCGGCGACUACUUCCACUAUAUCCGUGGAACAGGACCAGUUCAGCUGUUCGGUAUGUCUGGAGGUUUUGCGGGACCCGGUGACCAUCCCCUGCGGCCACAGCUAUUGCCUGAGCUGCAUCGAGGACUACUGGAGUAGAGUCAAGCCGCAGAAAGCCCCCCAAUAUAGCUGCCCACAGUGCCGCCUGGAGUUCAAGCCCAGACCGCUGCUCAAUCGCAACACCGUUUUGGGUGAUCUGGUGGAGAAGUUCCUCCAGAGCGGGGGCCAAGAGCAGCCGGCCGACGAGCGCCUCCGUGGGGGACGGGGACACGGCGUGCUGGUGGCUCCAAAGAUUCACAACGAGUCUGGUGUUGUCAGAGAGAAGUUAUGCCCGCAGCAUCAAAGGCCAGUGAGGAGCUACUGCCGCGCAGACCAUCAGGGCGUGUGCUCGCGCUGCCUCAAAGGUCAACACAAGAACCACGACACAGUUCGGCUGGCGGACGAGCGGUUAGCGCAACAGAAAAAACUUCAAGAAGCAUCUUUGAAGUGCACGCAGAACAUCAAGGACGUGGAGAAAGAGCUUCGCUAUGUGGUCAGAUACAUCAAACACGCCACCGAGGCGGCCGAGGAGGAGAGCGACAGGGUCUUCUCCAAGCUGCUCCGCGCCAUCGAGAAGCAGCGCUGCGACGUGAAGGAGGCCAUCCGAGGGCGCGAGCGGGCGGCUCUGGCGCAGACGGAGCAGCUGCUGGAGAAGCUGGAACGCGAGACGGCCGAGGUGCGGAGGAGCGAGGCCGAGCUGGAGAAACUCUGCCGGAGCGAUGACCACCUCCACUUCCUUCAGAAGUGCAAAUCCCUUCAUUUCCCAUCCAAACGAGUGCAGAUGCCAAACACGGACACGUUCCCGUACUUGAUGUACAAAACCAUGCGAGGAGGCCUAGCGGAGCUGCGGGACGGUCUGGACGAAAGCCUCCAGAGAGAAUUUGACAGAAUCUCCGAUAAAGUGGUUUCACUCAAGGAAACCAGCGUUCCGAAUGAAAAGACGAAAGUAACAAUCGAUGCUCACAUACUAUAUGACUCAGAACCAAAGACGAGAGAGGAAUUUUUACACUACUACCAGGACUUAACCCUGGACCCAAACACGGCCAAUCCUUACCUGAGCUUGUCCGAGGGUCACCGGGCGGCGACCACGCGUUCCGAGGCGCAGCCGUACCCGGAGCACCCGGAGCGCUUCAGCAGCUGGGCGCAGGUACUGUGUCGCGCCGGCAUGGCGGGUCGCUGCUACUGGGAGGUGGCGUGGGCCGGCAAAGGCGGGGCGUCCGUCGGCGUGUGCUACCGCAGCAUGAGCAGGAGCGGCGGAGGCAGCGACAGCAAGUUGGGCCACAACCCCAAGUCCUGGAGCCUGGACUGCUCCGACGCCGCGUGCACUUUCCGCCACAACAAGCUGAGCCUGAGCGUGGCCGCGCAGUGCGGCAACAGGAUAGGAGUGUAUCUGGACUUCAGGGCCGGCGUUUUGUCCUUCUACAAUGUUUCCGAGGGCAUGCUUCUGCUUCACGGCGCCCACGCUACCUUCAGCCAGCCGGUGUUCCCGGGAUUUUGGGUGGGGUUGGGAUCGACUCUGAAGCUGUGCUCUCUGUAGUUGUGAAGCCUAAAUACUGCUAUAGGUAUAUUCGAUAUAGAGUUUAUCAUUAGUAGAUAUCCCAAAAAGUUGCCCCUUUUUUUGCAAAUUUGCUCGAAAAAUUGAGGGCAAAUCUCAGAAGAAUUUCUUUGACAUGAUAGUGCUUUUACCGAUAAGAGAAAAUGGCAAUUUUUUUAAUCCAUAUUUUUUCAAUUUUUAUGAAAAAAAAACAUUUAAGUUUUUUUUAAUGGUGCUAUAGACAUUAUAAAUCAGGGGUUUCAAACUCAUUUUUGUUGCGGGCCACAAUUUAGUCACCAUUUUCCUUGGAGGGCCAUUAUGACUAUCAAACCAUGUGAAGAAGUAUGGUUUAUUCAAUGACUGUUGAAAUGACUGGUGAGGACUUUGGUCACAAGAAAAUGCUUAUAAUAUAUUUAUUACAUGUGAGAAUUGAACAUUUUGCAAUAUUUUAGCAAGCAUCAAUCAUGGAAGUGAUGUGUUUGAUUUGCUUUUGCGGGCCACACCAAAUAAUGUGGUGGGCCAGAUCUGGCCCCCGGGCCUUGAGUUUGACACUGGUGUUACAAAUCAUUUCAAAAAUAAUGCAUUCAUUAUUAGUAUGUUAUUCGUGACUGCUUUGAGUUCUAACUUUCAUUGUCAUCUUUGUAAAGAGAACUUGAUUAAUGAUGUCAUUAUUCAGGUGUACCCAAUAGUGAACCUCGAUAUGUGCAGUAGGACGCCAAAGCACAAAUUGAAUUUCUUUUUUUUUUUACUUUUAAUGAACCAUCACAGUUAAACAGCAGCACUUGGUUCAGAUCUUAUUGAAGGCGGCAACGUCAACGCUCUGCACCUGCAAGAGUGACACAAAACAAAAGUGUACCUCAACAAAUCUUUGGAGUCCAAAAUAAAAGCUUCCAUUUUGUCUACUCACAAAGUCCUCAAACUUGGUGAUCUCCUCCUCCAAGACGUCCGUGCCCACUUUGUCGUCCUCCACCACGCAGCUGAUCUGCAGCUUCUUGAUGCCGUAGCCCACCGGCA